GUUUUCCCAUCCCAGGUACAUCCUUUGCUCGUCACCCUCCGUCACCCUCCGUAGGCCGCAGCGGCGUAACGAGUGCGCCAGGGCUCAGGCGGGCGCUCGCCCCAACGGGUGCCGAGGCUGGUGGGAGCGGGGUGGCCGCCAUGGCUGGAGGCGGGCACCAAGGGGCGAUUUAGGGGCUGGAAGCUGAGCUUUUGGCACACUGAAGAGGGAAAACUGCCUUUUUCUUUUAACCCUUUUCGCUCUCCAGCGCUUUACUACCCUGGAGCCAUUUGGGAUUUAGUUCCUCGGAGGAGGAGGCAGCUUUAGAGGAUGUCGACCUACAAGAGAGCGACGCUGAAUGACGAAGACCCCCUGGACUCCAUCAGCGAAGGCGAUGGGUACCCCAAUGGCUUCCAGGUGAACUUCAGUGGUUCGAGGAGCAGCCUGGGGUGCUGGGCUGAGCGGACGCGCCCCGAGAAGCAGCUCAUGGUGCUGGUGGGGGUGCUGGCGGCCGUGCUGGUGGCCUGUCUGUUGGGUCUCGUCUUCCAGUACAGAGCUCGGCCACCCGCUGUGUGCCUGUCGGAAGCCUGCAUCUCUGUCACCAGCUCCAUCCUUAGCUCGCUGGACCGGGCAGUAAAUCCCUGCGAGGACUUUUUCAGCUAUGCCUGCGGUGGCUGGAUCAAGGCCAACCCCCUCCCUGAUGGCCACUCGCGCUGGGGCACCUUCAACAACCUCUGGGAGCACAACCAGGCCAUCAUGAAGCAUCUGCUGGAAAACACCACAGCCAACGUGUCGAGCGAGGCAGAACGCAAGGCACAGCGUUAUUACCAAGCCUGCAUGAAUGAGAGCAAGAUCGAGGAGCUGCGCGCCACCCCGCUCACAGAGCUCAUCCAAAAGCUGGGUGGCUGGAACAUCACAGGUCCCUGGGCCGGUGACAACUUCAACGUGACACUGCGAGAGGUGACGGCGCAUUACCGCACUUCGCCCUUCUUCUCAGUCUACGUCAGCGCCGACUCCAAAAACUCCAACAGCAACGUCAUCCAGGUGGAUCAGUCGGGGUUAGGCUUGCCAUCACGGGAUUACUACCUGAACAAGACAGAGAAUGAGAAGGUGCUCACAGGUUACCUGAACUACAUGGUGCAGCUGGGGAUGUUCCUGGGAGGCACCGAUGAGGAGUCGACGCGGCAGCAGAUGCAGCAGAUCUUGGACUUCGAGACAGCGUUGGCCAACAUCACCAUCCCACAAGAGAAGCACCGGGAUGAGGAGGUCAUCUACCAUAAGAUGACAGCUGGAGAGCUGAAGGAGCUGGCGCCGGCCGUGGACUGGAUGCCCUUCCUCUCCACGGUCUUCUAUCCUGUGGAGCUCAACGAGUCGGAGCCCGUUGUGGUCUAUGCCAAGGAGUACCUGGAGCAGGUUUCCAACCUCAUCCUGGCCACUGAUAAAUGUCUCCUCAACAACUACAUGAUCUGGAACCUGGUGCGCAAAACCAGCCCUUUCCUUGACCAGCGCUUCCAGGAUGCUGAAGAGAAGUUCAUGGAAGUGAUGUAUGGGACGAAAAAGACCUGCCUUCCACGAUGGAAGUCUUGCAUCAGCGACACGGACAACAACCUGGGCUUCGCUCUGGGGGCCAUGUUUGUCAAGGCCACCUUUGCUGAGGACAGCAAGCAGGUGGCGGAGGAAAUGAUUGCAGAGAUCAAAACGGCCUUUGAGGAAAGCCUGGAGACCCUGCAGUGGAUGGACGAAGAGACGAGGAAGUCUGCCAAGGAGAAGGCAGAUGCCAUCUACAACAUGAUCGGCUACCCCAAGUUCAUCAUGGAUCCUAAGGAGCUGGAUAAAGUCUUUAAUGAUUACGAACCUGUGUCCGACCUCUACUUUGAGAAUGUCAUGCAGUUCUACAACUUCUCAGCCAGGGUCACUGCUGACCAGCUCCGGAAACCACCAAACCGGGACCAGUGGAGCAUGACUCCUCCGACAGUCAAUGCGUACUACUCUCCCACUAAGAAUGAGAUCGUCUUCCCUGCCGGCAUCCUCCAGGCCCCAUUUUACACACGUGCGUCUCCCAAGUCUCUGAAUUUUGGUGGGAUUGGUGUGGUGGUGGGCCAUGAGUUGACGCAUGCCUUCGAUGACCAAGGCCGGGAAUAUGACAAGGAUGGUAACCUCCGUCCCUGGUGGAAGAACUCCUCGGUAGAGGCCUUCAAGAGGCAGACAGCCUGCAUGGUGGAGCAGUACGGCAACUACACCAUCAACGGCGAGGCCAUCAAUGGCAAGCACACUCUUGGGGAGAACAUAGCUGACAACGGGGGCCUCAAGGCUGCCUACCGGGCGUAUCAAAACUGGCUGAAAAAGAAUGGGGACGAGGAAACCCUGCCAACUCUUGGCCUCACCAACCACCAGCUCUUCUUUGUUGGCUUUGCCCAGGUGUGGUGUUCGGUUCGCACGCCGGAGAGCUCGCAUGAGGGACUCAUCACUGACCCCCACAGCCCCUCACGUUUCCGUGUCAUCGGCACCGUCUCCAACUCCUGGGAGUUUGCAAAGCAUUUUGAGUGCCCUCUCGGCUCCCCCAUGAAUCCCCCCAAGAAAUGCGAAGUCUGGUGAUGGGUGAAAGCUUUGUCCUCCACCGAUGGCUGAAUUUCCCUGGUCCUUUCCAGAGGCUCAAACCACUUCUCCGUCCAACGAACGGCUUGGCUCUCAGCCAGAGCAGCGCCCAGAGUCCCCAGUCUCAUCCGAGGUUCGAUCCACUGUGAAAACUCAUCCCCUCACUCGUUUGUGAAAUUACUUCGAUUUGGAGGUCUGGUCUUUCUCACCAUGAUGGGGCAACGUGUCAAGAUGUGCAUCCAUGGACACUGCCCCCUAUUUACACACACGGCUCUCCAGCCUGACCCCCCCACCUCGGCAAAAUGCCUCUUUUCGGAGGCGAUAAAGGGAACGCCGCGAAGCUGGCGGGUUUGGCUGCGUGUCCAAGUACACCUGACGUACCUUCCUCUCUCCAAAGAUGCACACACGAGGAGGGAAAAUCUCUUAAGAUAUAUAUUUUUCGAGGGGGAAAUAGAUAUAUUUUUUUUUCAUGCAUUGUGGAAUACACUGGAAAAAUUCAUGGAAAAUGCAUUUUAAAGCCUUUUUUUUAGUAAAAUAUGAGUAUAUUUAUUUUUUUACUCACUGCAGCAUCCCAUGGUGACAGUCCCUCAGCCUGGGAAGGUGGAUGAGGUUGACCAUGCGACUGGCCAGCCCUGGAUCCUGGGUUUCUGUGGUAGGGACUGUCCUCACAGGAUGCUGAUGGGGAAAUUGAGGACAAGGGGAGCUGGGGACAGGGCUGGAAGACACUGUGGAUUGCAGAAAGGUUCUGCUGGAUGCUGCGGCUCCUGGGAUUAGCUUUAAUUUCAGAGUGUAAAGGGAAAAGUUGACAUGCCAAAGAUGUAACCAAGGUGAUGGGAGUGUGGAUGAAGCAACGGGUUCUCCCUCCUGUCCCCUCUGAAAGCGAGGUCAGAUGAUUUUCUGGCUCCAAAGCUUCCCUGGACAGCACAGGCAGUUCCUGCUGCUGCUUCGCUUGCGCCCGUGCCUGGUCUCUAUGCCUGGGAAACUGCAAGCCCCAAAUCACUGCGUGGCCCCACAUCUCCAUCCCUCCUUGGCUGGUUUGGCACUGGCGUGAGAUCUGGCCAGGAUGGGGAGCCGAGGGGCUUUCUUAAGGGUUUUGUUUUUAAUGCUCCUUUGCAGUUUUGAGAAGAAACCACUGAUGGUAGCUCAGGUGCUGCGUGCUGUCUCACGGGGCUCCUCCUCGCUCUGGACAGAAAGCAAAGAACAGAGGGAUUUUUAAUAUUUAUAUGUAAAAGGUGGGAUGGGGGGGAUUUUUUUGUAACUAUUUUUUCACCCUCCGCGUGGGGCUUCAUCGUAAUUAAAAUAAAUACUUUUU